AUGCCAGAGCACACGCGUGGGAUGGUGACUGCCAAGGUGUGGGUCCUGAAGAAGCAUUUUGAGGGUUUCCCCAAACCCAGUGACUUCGACCUGAAAAAGAUAGAGCUGCCAAACCUAAAGGAUGGAGAGUUGCUCCUUGAAUCAGUGUUUCUCAGUGUUGAUCCUUACAUGAGACCUUACAGUCGAAGGGACAUGAAGGAAGGGGACAUAAUGAUAGGCACACAGGUUGCCAGGAUUGUAGAAAGCAAGAAUCCUGCUUUCACAGUGGGGGCCUUUGUUGUGGCUAGAAGUGGCUGGAGAACUCAUUUCAUCUCUGAUGGGAAAGACCUACAACUCCUUCCUUCCAAUUGGCCAGAAUCACUCCCCAAAUCUCUGGCUCUUGGGACGGUUGGCAUGCCAGGCCUCACUGCGUAUUUUGGUCUGCUGGAGGUCUGCAAGAUGAAGCCAGGAGAGACGGUGCUGGUUAAUGCUGCAGCUGGUGCUGUGGGCUCUGUGGUGGGGCAGCUUGCUAAAAUUGGGGGUUGCAAAGUGGUUGGCUGUGCUGGCUCAGGUGAGAAGGUUGCCUAUCUGAAAAAAAUAGGCUUUGAUGAAGCCUUUAAUUACAAGACUGUUACAUCUUUGGAUGAAGCACUGCGUAAAGCCUCUCCUGAUGGCUAUGACUGUUUCUUUGACAAUGUGGGUGGAGAAUUUGCCAGUAUUGCUAUCAACCACAUGAAGAAAUAUGGAAGGAUUGCAGUCUGUGGAGCCAUCUCUCAGUACAAUGACUCAGUGCCUCAGCAAGGGCCUUAUGUGCAGGUCCCAAUGAUCUUCAAAGAGCUUCAAAUGGAAGGGUUUAUUGUGACCCGCUGGAGUAACCGCCGGGAGGAAGGUCUGAAUGCACUGCUAAAAUGGGUGGUGGAGGGAAAAGUGAAGUACCAUGAACAAGUUACUGAAGGAUUUGAGAACAUGCCAAUGGCUUUCAUUGGAAUGUUAAAGGGAGAAAAUCUCGGAAAAGCUAUUGUAAAAGUCUGAAAUUCCUGGGAAACUGGUGCAGGAGAAUGUGAUUCUGUUAAGUGCUUUUAAGUCACUGAUUAAAAAUCAUGUUUCAGUCAU